AUGGAGCUCCCGCCAAUGAGCCUAAGGGUAAUUUGGUCAUUUCUCCUCCAUGCCAUCAUGUUCUCUUCCAUGUACGUUCCAUGGUUGUUGGGAUCUGCUGCUAACUUCUCUAACGAAACAGAUCAUCUUGCUUUGGUCCACUUCAAACAUCUGAUAACUGACGAUCCUCUCCAUUCCUUGAGCUCCUGGAACCAUACUCUCCACUUCUGCCACUGGCAAGGAGUGACUUGCGGUGGUCACCGACAUCCUCAAAGGGUCACGGCCUUGGAACUUGGUGGCCAAAACUUGAUGGGCCCCAUAUCUCCUUGCAUAGCAAACCUCACCUUCCUCAGGAUCAUCAAUUUCACAGACAACAGAUUCUGCGGCGCAGUUCCUGAAGAGAUUGGCCAUUUGUUCCGCUUGCAGUAUCUCGAUCUGUACAACAACGGAUUCACCGGAGAAAUUCCAGUAAAUCUGACCCACUGUUCAGAACUCAAAUUCCUCGAUCUUUACGGGAAUCAGCUGUCAGGGAGGAUUCCAACUGAUCUUGGCUCUCUGUCAAAGCUCACCAAACUGACCCUUGGUCGCAACAGUCUUACUGGAAGGAUCCCACCUUCAUUUGGAAACCUUUCGUCUCUCACUUACCUUUAUCUUUCGUAUAACGGUCUCGAAGGCAGCAUCCCAAGUGAGCUUAGCCAGCUGGUAAGGUUAGAUGUGCUUGCAAUUGCUUUUAAUAACCUGUCAGGUAAGAUUCCUCCCUCUCUAUACAAUCUUUCAUCCAUUGCCAUAUUGGACGUGGGAGAAAACAGAUUGAAUGGAAAUCUUCCACCCAACUUAGGCCUCGCUCUCCCUAAUCUCCAAGGACUCUAUGUUGGAGGAAACCAAUUCACAGGACCCAUACCAGUUUCAUUACCCAACGCUUCACGACUUCCCCAAGAGUCUCACCAAGGUAUCUUUCGGCGGAAAUGA